AUGUCCGCCAUCGCGCACCGCCGCCGCCGCCCCGCACCGCCCCCGCCCGCGUGGACUCCCGAGCCCUGGAGCGACGGCGAGACGUCCGCGCUGCUCGAGGCCUGGGGCCCGCGCCACCUCCGCGCCGGCGGCGGCCCCCUCCGCACCUCCGACUGGCGGGCCUGCGCCGCCGCCGUCACCUCCCGCCGCGCCGCAGACGGCCGCGCGCCGCGCACCGUCGACCAGUGCAAGAACCGCAUGGACUACCUCAAGAAGCGCCUCAGGGCCGACCGCUCCAGGCUCUCGCCGCCGCCGCCGCUCUCCGGCUCCCUCCGCCGCCUCGCCAAGCUCCUCCGCCAGGCCCCCUCGGUCCCGCACCGCCUCGCGCCCAUGGUCCAGCGGGAGGACCGCCAGGACGACGACGAGGAGACCGACCGGUCCCGGUCUCCCCUCUACCGCGACUGGCCGCCGGUGCCCAAGCGGCGGAGGACGGCCGUCUCGUUGUCGCCGCUCAGCUCCUCCGCGGAGCAUCACCACGGGAACGGAGGAGCGGCCUGCACGGAGGUCGCGGCUGCUCUGGAUAGGCUGGCGGGGACGUACGAGCGGGUUGAAGCGGCCAAGCAGAUGGAGGCGACGCGGCUGGAGGAGCGCCGCCUGGAGGCCAAGCGCGACCUAGAGAUCGAGCGCAUGCGGGUUCUCGCCGACGUCGCCAUCUCCACCUCCGACGAUACGCACCCUUCAUCCGCCUCCGCCUCCGCCUCAGCCGGCGGCAGCCUAGUUGAGGAACUAGUACAAUAGACUGGCCAUGGUAGAGCCCUCCGGAUUCCAGAUUAUCUUUUCAGGAGAUGAUUGCAGCGUGGAGAAGCCAACUGACGUGAUCAUGGUGAUGCCCUUACCAAAAGUUACAUGGGUUUAGGUUACAGGAAAAGCUUAGCCAGAUAUAGGAUAGCACAUGAUGAGACCUUUUUUAGUUCAAAUGAUUGCGGGUUUUACAGCAGUGCAGGACGAGGGACUCGAUUUGCCUGAAUGUGUCCUUCAGUUCUUUGCGACUCAGCCAGUCAUGUGGGUAUACGGUAACUACUGCUGUAAUCACCUUGUGUUUCCAGCUCACGAACCAUUCAGCUGUGAAACAUUAUCGGUAAAUAUGAUGUUUUGGCUACUUCAGUAA